AUGACACUGCUGCCCAGCACAGGGGACCAACAUCAUCUCCAAGAAAUGACCAACAUCUCCACCGUGACUGAGUUCCUCCUCCUGGGGUUCUCUGACAUCCUGGAGCUGCAGCUGCUCCAUGCCAUGCUGUUCCUCCUUUUCUACCUAGUAGCCCUUCUGGGGAAUCUUCUAAUUGUUGCUGUAACCACUCUCGAUCAGCGUCUCCACACCCCCAUGUACUUCUUUCUCAAGAACUUGUCCUUCAUAGACCUCUGCUAUAUUUCUACCACGGUACCCAAAUCCAUUGUCAUCUCUUUGACCGGUGACAGCUCCAUCUCCUUUCUGGGUUGUGUCUCACAGCUCUUCCUAGUGGUCUUGUUUACCGGUUCAGAGAUUUUUGUCCUCACCACAAUGUCUUAUGACCGCUAUGCUGCCAUUUGCUCCCCCCUGCUGUAUGAGCUCAUCAUGAACAAAACAGCCUGUAUGCGCAUGGCAGCAGCUUCAUGGCUCAGUGGGGGUCUGGUUGGAGUCUUUCUUUCAACUUCCACCUUCUCAUUGACUUUUUGUGGGUCCAAUAUUGUUGAGCAGUUCUUCUGUGAUGUCCCCCCUCUGCUGAAGAUCUCCUGCUCUGAAGUCCACAUUGCCAUUGACGUGAGUGUAGCUGCUGGGUUACUCUUAGAUGCCAUCUGCUUCACCUACAUCACCCUCUCCUACGUCUUCAUCUUCUCGGCCGUGCUGAGGAUGCCGUCCUCCGAGGACCGAGCCAAAGCCUUCUCUAUCUGCCUGCCCCAUCUCACUGCCAUCAUCAUUUUUUUCUUUACCGGAUUCUUUGCCUAUCUUACACCACCUUCAGACUCGCCCUCGGGUCUGGAUCUGCUGGUUUCUGUGUUCUACACUGUGGUGCCCCCCACUGUGAACCCCCUUAUCUACAGCCUGAGGAACAGGGACCUGAAGUCUGCCCUGGGCAGGAUCCUAAGGGGACAUUCCCCCAGCAUCCAUUCUGGAACAACAUGUCUGUGUCAAUGUACUAAUAGUCCCCUACCCUCAAUAAAAGGAGGAAUUGCCAUUAAGCAUAUCCAUAUAUAUUCCACUGAACGAGAGGCCCAGAAACAAUUUGUCAAGGCCUGGGAAAUUGGCUGA